ACUGUUGUCAUGGAGGAACCAAGAUGGCGGCCCUGGCCUACAACCUGGGCAAGCGGGAGAUCAACCACUACUUCAGCGUGAGGAGCGCCAAGGUGCUGGCGCUGGUGGCCGUGCUGCUGCUCGCCGCGUGCCACCUCGCGUCCCGCCGCUACCGAGGCAAUGAUUCAUGUGAAUAUCUUCUCUCAAGUGGCAGAUUUCUUGGAGAAAAAGUUUGGCAACCUCACAGUUGUAUGAUGCAUAAAUACAAAAUAAGUGAAGCAAAGAACUGCCUUGUAGAUAAACAUAUUGCCUUUAUUGGAGAUUCCAGAAUCCGUCAAUUAUUUUAUUCUUUUGUAAAAAUAAUUAAUCCCCAGUUCAAAGAAGAAGGAAAUAAGCAUGAAAACAUUCCUUUUGAAGACAAGAUUGCAUCAGUUAAAGUGGAUUUUCUGUGGCAUCCAGAAGUUAAUGGAUCUAUGAAACAGUGUAUCAAAGUGUGGACUGAGGAUUCAGUUGCAAAGCCUCAUGUGAUUGUAGCAGGAGCCGCCACAUGGUCCAUCAAGAUUCAUAAUGGCAGCAAUGAAGCACUUUCUCAGUAUAAAGUCAACAUUACCUCCAUAGCUCCUCUUUUAGAAAAAUUGGCAAAGACUAGUGAUGUUUAUUGGGUCUUACAAGAUCCAGUUUAUGAAGAUCUUUUAAGUGAAAAUAGGAAAAUGAUCACCAAUGAGAAGAUUGAUGCCUACAACGAAGCUGCAGUCAGUAUUUUGAACAGCAGCACCAGGAACUCAAAGUCAAGUGUAAAGAUGUUUAGUGUCUCCAAGUUAAUUGCCCAAGAGACCAUUAUGGAAUCUUUGGAUGGUUUACACCUUCCUGAGUCAAGCAGGGAAACUAGUGCCAUGAUUCUCAUGAAUGUGUAUUGCAAUAAGAUAUUGAAACCUGUGGAUGGUUCCUGUUGUCAGCCUCGACCUCCUCUUACUCUCAUACAGAAGCUAGCUGCUUGUUUUUUCACUUUCUCUAUUAUUGGUUAUCUAAUUUUCUGCAUAAUUCACCAUAAUGCUCAUCGAAAGAAUAAGCCCUGUACUGAUUUGGAAAGUGGAGAGGAAAAGAAAAAUAUUAUCAAUACUCCCGUGUCUUCAUUAGAAAUACUUUUACAGUCUUUCUGCAAACUUGGCCUGAUUAUGGCUUACUUCUAUAUGUGUGACCGUGCAAAUCUGUUUAUGAAGGAAAACAAAUUUUAUACACAUUCCUCUUUCUUUAUUCCAAUUAUCUACAUCUUGGUUUUGGGAGUAUUUUACAAUGAAAAUACUAAAGAGACUAAAGUGUUAAAUAGAGAGCAAACAGAUGAAUGGAAAGGCUGGAUGCAGCUUGUGAUUUUGAUCUAUCACAUCUCUGGAGCAAGUACAUUUCUGCCUGUGUACAUGCAUAUUCGUGUUCUGGUGGCUGCAUAUCUGUUUCAGACAGGAUAUGGACAUUUCUCGUACUUUUGGAUCAAAGGAGACUUUGGAAUCCAUAGAGUAUGUCAGGUUUUAUUUCGUCUCAAUUUCCUGGUCGUGGUGUUAUGCAUAGUAAUGGAUCGGCCCUAUCAGUUCUAUUACUUUGUUCCCUUGGUCACCGUAUGGUUCAUAAUUAUAUAUGUCACUUUAGCAUUGUGGCCACAAAUAAUCCAAAAAAAAGCAAAUGGAAAUUGUCUCUGGCAUUUUGGCUUACUAUUGAAACUAGCCUUUUUGCUGUUAUGCAUAUGUUUUUUGGCAUAUUCUCAGGGUGCAUUUGAGAAGAUAUUUUCUCUUUGGCCAUUAUCCAAGUGUUUUGAGCUGAAAGGGAAUGUGUAUGAAUGGUGGUUCAGAUGGAGGUUAGACCGUUACGUAGUCUUCCAUGGAAUGCUAUUUGCUUUUAUUUAUCUGGCUUUACAGAAGCGUCAAGUACUUUCUGAAGGAAAGGGUGAACCUCUAUUUUCAAACAGAAUUUCAAACUUUCUAUUGUUUAUUUCAGUAGUUUCUUUCUUGACCUAUUCCAUCUGGGCUAGCAGUUGUAAAAACAAAGCAGAGUGUAACGAACUCCACCCAUCUGUUUCUGUGGUACAGAUUUUAGCCUUCAUCCUAAUAAGGAACAUCCCUGGAUAUGCCCGUUCAGUUUACAGUUCAUUUUUUGCAUGGUUUGGAAAAAUUUCACUAGAGCUAUUUAUUUGUCAAUAUCACAUAUGGCUGGCAGCGGACACAAGGGGUAUCUUGGUACUCAUCCCUGGGAACCCAAUGCUCAACAUCAUUGUGAGCACCUUCAUCUUUGUUUGUGUGGCACAUGAAAUUUCCCGAAUCACUAAUGAUCUUGCACAGAUUAUUAUUCCUAAGGAUACCUCAUCACUCUUGAAAAGGUUGGCUUGUAUAGCAGCAUUUUUUUGUGGACUACUCAUCUUAUCAUCCAUUCAAGAUAAAUCGAGACAUUAGGUUCCUUAAAACCUAAAGAAAAAAAAAAAAAGCUGUUCAGGUUUACUUUGUGUCUGUCUGGAAGAGAAAAGCAUCAAUCUGGAGACAUAAAUGGUUCUGUAAAUAUAAAUAUGUGUGGCAAGAGGACAGUUUAGUAAUGUCUGUUGAUUGUGUGUGAUUGUAUAUAUUGGAAGUGUACAUAUCCAUUGUAUAACACUUAAAACAAAAACAGCAUGCAUCAUAUAGGAUUGCAUGUGAAAAGUUUUUUUUUUUUCUACUGGGUCUAUAUUUCCAUUUAUACAUGCUUUCAAGGUAACAUAUGAAGGCAGGAAAAUGAUUGACUUUCCAGUAAUAAAAUAUAAUUUAAUUAGCUUAAUGACACCUGUGAGUGUUGUGAUAUUCAAUAAAAUUUUGGUAAUAAUAUGGUCUGCACCUGUAUUCAUUGUGGAACUUCCUACUUCAUUGAAAACUUUUUUACUAAAGAAUGUCUUGCAGUAUUGUUUUCUUAUCAUAUGUGCAAUGAUGUGGCAUGAAAGGCAGUAUGCCUUUAAUUUAUGUGCGUUCAUAUUCUGACAUGAUUUUCCUUCCCAGCUUGGGUUGGCAGGUUUAUAAGCUUCAGUCUUUGUACACUUUGUCUCCACUAGAGUUGUUCUAAAGCUCCAUGACAGGGUUUGUUAUUGUUAAUGUCGUUGUGAAAAGACCAUAUUUUCCUUCUAGUCCAGAUCUGUUUGCUUUUCCUGAGCUCUACCAGUGAAAUUCAGAUACCCUGUGGAUUCUUUAGCCUGCUCAUUUCCCAUAAUUAAUUUUUGUAUAUUAUUUCCAAUGUUUGGAAAGCUCUUUGUAGCCAUUUUGGUAUUUUGUAUCAUCACCUCCUAUUUUUAAAAACAAAUAUUUAUCAACAUAAACAUGUGCAGUGUAGUAAAGAUUCAAGUUAUCAUGAUUGAGGUGUAUGACCAUAGUAGAAUCUUAAGUAAAUUGGUGACUUUGAACAAUAAAUGUUUUUGUUUGUUUUUUAUAAGCUGUUAGAGGUAUACAUUUAUUUAUCUGUUGUACAUAUUUGAUUAUGAUUUUUAAUGUAUGAAAUAUUGCACUUAUUUGCUUUUACUAUGUGUGUGGUAAAAUAUAUUUUCUGUUUAUGUAAAAAUAUGCAGUAAUUUAAACAGUAAAUAAACAUUCUGUGGAUGCUUAUUUUUGUAUUGGCAAAGUAUCAAUUAAACUAUGUGUGUUCUUUUAAAAAAAUUCUGGAUCUUUUAUUAAUUGGCUCAAAGUUCUAACUCAUUUGCUUUAUCAAGUUCUUAAUACAUAGGGGUAAGUCACCAAGGGAAGUGGAAUAAGGAAGAGCACAGUUGUCUCCUUGUGUUGGCAGCCUGCCUUCACCUAAGAACUUAAGUACUAUGGCUUAUUUCUAGUUCAACUUCAAGAUUUUAGAGUUUUAAUUAUUAUUUAUAUAGUGCCAGACUUAUGUUUUAUUGAUAUAGUCUCAUUAACUAAGGAAUAUAUCUUGGAAAGAAUUGUAUAUUUUUUCUUUUCCUCUUUUUCUGCCUUACUUAAUCUUUUGACAUUUCCCAGAUAGACAAUUGUAAUGAUUCAUUGCUCUGCCUCCUAGACUACAGCUUUAUAAGUAGAGAACAGUAUAGUUAUAAAUCAAAACUUCCAAGUGUUGUGAUCACAUUAUUCUUGCUCAUGUAGCUUGCCAAUGAGUAGAGUGCAUUUUAAUUUAGCUUGUAAGUUUUAUCACCUGAAAGACUCUUCCUGAUGAAACAGUUGAAAAAGAAAGAUGACCAUUAUGUCUCGGUACUUUAGAGGCAUUUAAGCCUUCCAGCAGUGAUGCCUGAAUGAAUGUGUAAAUUUUUCCCUCCUAUUAGAAUGCAAGCUUAAAACUUAACUGUUUCUUCAUGAUGUUUUAUCUAAUUUGCAAAACUUUUUGAAUAUAACAAUACAUAAUAUGAUUAAAAAUAUAGUCUAUUUUCAUAUUUA